AUGGCUGAUAACGAUCAUGGACAAUCGUCCAGUAAGGACUCCAACCGUCGAGAACGUCCCUUACCAGAUCCUGCACUUAAAUGGGGCAUCACUCCCUCUAAGAAAUACGACCCAGACAAAAAGCCCGGGCCAGAGCACCCCGUCCACAAGAUUCCACUCGAGAAGCAAGAGAAGAUGCGGCGCAAAGGGAUCGAUCCAGUGUUGCGGGCCGAAAUGGACGAGGCAGUCAAGGGAGGCGGUUUCUGGAGAAAGGUGGCCCAGACUUCUAUGGGUGGGGGCUGGAUUAAAUAA